UCCCAGAAGAAAAAAAAAAGGAUGGAAAGGAAUGGAGAUGAGAAGAAAUGGAUUAAAGUCUGAUUAUCGUCCUUUGUUUGUUUUUUUUUUGUAAACUAAUUGUCCUUUGUUUCUUUUGUCUUCCUUUUCGCCUUCCUCCUCGCAAGCUUGAGUUCUCUUACACAGCAACAAGACGCGUCUUACAUUUACAAGAUCGUUUAUUUGGAGUGGGCUUUUGAUCGUCACCAUCCUCUGUUUCAUGUUAUUAAUCUAAUCACAGAUAAUAUAUAUAGUAUAAAUUCGCAGUGAUGAAAAACGCAAAUCGAGGAAAAGCAAUUAUGUCUUCUUACACGUCUCUCAUCUUCAUCUUCAUCUUCCUUUGUUCCUUUCUCACAAGCUUCAGAGCUUCUGCUCAAGAACCCACCUACAGAUUCCACAGCUGUCUGACUAAGACAACUUUCUCCAGAAACAGCACUUACUUCACCAAUCUCAGAAUCCUUUUGUCCUCUCUGUCCUCUUCAAACGCCUCUUACUCCACCGGAUUGCAAAACGCCGCCGUCGGGGAACCUCCCGAGAGAGUCAACGGACAAUUCUCUUGCACUUCGGCCAUCUCGCCUGAACUUUGCCGUAGUUGUGUUGCGUUUUCCGUGAGGGACAUUUUAAUUCGGUGUCCGAAUGAGAAAGAGGCCACAAUCUAUUACAAUCAGUGUAUGCUCAGGUACUCUUUCUUAGACGAUUUUGUUCGACGUCCCACAUACGUAAACCAUGUCUGUUCAAAUACCACAACCUAUUCAAGGAACAGCGCUUACUUCACCAAUCUGAUAACCCUUUUGACUUCUCUCUCUUCCGGCGCAUCUAUAUCCAACGGUUUCCAAAACGCCACCACCGGGCAAGCCCCUGACAGAGUCACCGGACUUUAUCUCUGCCGCGGAGACGUCUCGCCGGAAUUUUGCGGCAGCUGCGUCGCCUUUGCCACCAGUGACACCUUUACUCGGUGUCCGAACGAGAAAGAGGUGACGCUCUAUUACGACGAGUGUGUGCUCAGAUACUCUAACCGGAAUAUUCUCUCCACCCUGAACACCGAUGGAGGAAUCAUCUUAACUAGCAACUUGACUGUUCCAUCGAACCAACAAAUUGGGUUCAGAGAUCUGGUCUUGUCCACGAUGAACCAAGCAGCCACCGCGGCAUCGAACAGUUCUCAUAAAUCCUAUGUCAGAAAGGCCAAAUUCACAGCUUUACAGACUUUGUACGGACUUGUUCAGUGCACUCCUGAUCUGACGAGCCAAGACUGCUUAAACUGUCUAAAUCUGACCAUCAAUCAAUUGCCCACUGAAAAUACGGGGGCAAGAGUUAAUGUGCCGAGCUGUAGUUCAAGAUACGAGUCGUACAUGUUUUACAACGAAUCCGCCUUUCAAACACCUCAACCUCGGCUCGAUUCAGCUCCUCUACCACCGCCAAUUUCAGUACCUUCACCACGGACGGAUAUUUAUGUCAAUACAGAAGAAGGCGGGAAAUCCUUUGUCACAAUCAUCGCUGUUGUUGUUCCAGUCACAGUUAUUUUACUGCUUUUCGUAGCUCUUUUUAUAUUCCAGGCUAAGAGAAAGAAGAAAACUUAUGGAACAUUUCCUAGUGGAGUACAAGUUGCGGUGAAAAGGCUAUCGAAGACAUCAGGACAAGGUGAAAGAGAGUUCGAAAACGAAGUUGUUGUUGUGGCAAAGCUUCAGCAUAGAAAUUUGGUAAGACUGCUUGGGUUUUGUUUGGAGGGAGAAGAAAAGAUACUUGUCUAUGAGUUUGUGCCCAACAAAAGCCUCGAUUACUUCCUUUUUGACUCUACGAUGCAAAGCCGGCUAGAUUGGACAAAAAGAUACAAGAUCAUAGGAGGAAUUGCUAGAGGGAUUCUAUAUCUUCAUCAAGAUUCACGACUCACAAUCAUACAUCGUGACCUUAAAGCGGGUAACAUCCUCUUGGACGCUGAUAUGAAUCCAAAAGUUGCCGAUUUUGGAAUGGCGAGAAUUUUUGGAAUUGACCAAACAGAAGCCAAUACGAGAAGAGUAGUCGGAACCUAUGGUUAUAUGUCUCCAGAGUAUGCAAUGUAUGGCCAAUUCUCCAUGAAAUCAGAUGUGUAUAGUUUUGGGGUUUUAGUUCUUGAGAUUAUAAGUGGCAAGAAGAACAGUAGCCUCUAUCAAAUGGAUGGUAGUUCUGGCAAUUUGGUUACAUAUACUUGGAGACUAUGGAACAGUGGAUCGCCAUUAGAGCUCGUGGAUCCGUCCUUUCAAGAUAACUAUCAAACAAACGAAAUUACCAGGUGUAUCCAUAUUGCUUUACUCUGUGUUCAAGAAGAAGCUGAAGAUCGUCCAACUAUGUCAGCCAUACUCCAGAUGCUCACUACUAGUUCGAUCGCUCUUGCCAUACCUCGACCACCUGGAUUUUUCUUCAGAAGCAGAGAUGGACAAGUAGAGAGAGCAGAUCCAGCUAUGGAUAUGUCUGCUCUCUGUUCCGUUGAUGAUGCCUCCAUUACUAGUGUAGCUCCUCGUUAA